CCGGCCCACUCAAGAGCUCAUAAGAAACCCUCGCGGAGCCAUCAGCACACUGCUCCCUCCACUCCGCCGCCGCCGCCCGUCGCCUCGCAGUCGCCUGCGGCUUCGCUCCAAAGGAGUUUGUGAAGGUUUCUUGAAGCUGAGAAGAUGGUCCUGAAGACUGAACUCUGCCGUUUCAGUGGUCAGAAGAUAUAUCCAGGGAAAGGCAUCCGAUUCAUUCGUGCUGAUUCUCAGGUGUUCCUUUUCGCCAACUCAAAAUGCAAGCGCUACUUCCACAACCGCCUGAAGCCUGCAAAGCUUUCCUGGACAGCAAUGUACAGGAAGCAACACAAGAAGGAUAUUCACGCUGAAGCUGUCAAGAAGAGGCGCCGCACCACUAAGAAGCCGUACUCCAGGUCCAUUGUUGGUGCUUCAUUGGAAAUCAUCCAGAAGAAGAGAGCUGAGAAGCCUGAAGUCCGCGAUGCUGCUAGAGAAGCGGCUCUUCGCGAGAUCAAGGAGCGCAUCAAGAAGACCAAGGACGAGAAGAAGGCCAAGAAGGCGGAGGUGGCCAAGUCCCAGAAGACGCAGGCGAAGGGUGCCGUUCAGAAGGGUUCCAAAGGCCCCAAGCUGGGUGGCGGCGGCGGGAAGCGCUGAAAGUUCGAUGAUCAUCUAAGCUUAGUACCGUUCGCUCGCUCCUCGAACCCGCUAAAUCUUGUUGCACCAAGCCUCUUUUGUAAAACCAUAUUUCAGCGUUGACAGUGCGACUACUGCUUUUGUAUUUCAGCGUUGACAGUGCGACUGCUGCUUUUGUAUUUCAGCGUUGACAGUGCGACUGCUGCUUUUGUAUUUCAGCGUUGACAGUGCGACUGCUGCUUUUGUAUUUCAGCGUUGACAGUGCGACUGCUGCUUUUGUAUUUCAGCGUUGACAGUGGUGUUAAAAAAGCAACCAUGUUUCAUGUACCUCUUUUUUUUCGUGUUGACAGUGGUGUUAAAAAAGCAACCAUGAUAACGGAUUCUUGAUCGUAGAAA